AAACCAACACUCUUAACCCACGUGUCGCCUUGUUCCGUACGUAGAGACUGUGCGUAAAGUUCAGAGAGAAAGAGGAACCGUCGUUCAAUUUCCGAAUCAUGGAGGAUUCUCAUGUCGACAUCUUGUCUGCCUCUAAGCCGAAGCUACGCAUUGGCAUUGAUGGUGGCGAUGAUAAUAAGAAUUGGAAAAGAAGGGUCAAUGGCGUUGAAGUCUCUGUUCCCAUUGUGUGUGGAUCGAUUGCUUUUUUCCGUGGCAAGAAAGCUAAAGAAUACCGAACACAUAACUGGACUGUCUAUGUACGUGGAGCUACAAAUGAGGAUCUUGGUGUGGUCAUAAAGAAGGUCAUCUUCCACCUGCAUCCAAGUUUCAAGAGCCCUACUAGAGUUGUUGACUCGCCUCCUUUUACUUUGUCCGAAUGUGGUUGGGGAGAGUUCAAGAUCGAUAUCACCGUCUUCUUCCAUUCUGAUGCCUGUGAAAGGAAGCUAGAGCUGUCUCACUUGUUGAAGCUGAACCCGGAGAUUUACAGUGGUCCUCAGUCUCCCAAUGUACCUGUUGUCACUGAGUCUUACAAUGAGAUUGUCUUCCCUGACCCUUUUGAGUGUUUCCUCGCCCGUGUGUGUGAUCACCCUGCUGUCCACGUCUCUAAGCUCCCAGAGGGACUCAACCUGCCUCCUCCAGGAGACGCUGCUGAUGAAAGUUACUAUAUGAUGAAGAAAGGAGACACCAAAGACCAUCCUCUUAGCCAUUGGUUUUUGAAGUUCUCAGAAGCAGAUGAGCUUUUCAAACUUAACGCAACUCGUCAGAAGGUACAAGCUGAUAUCGCCGAGCUAAAAAGACAGUUGGUCAUGGUAGAUGCGCAACCUGAACAGUUUUAGUCAUCCUCUGGCUGUGGAUGUUAACUUUUGCUAGGAAGUUUUGUCUGAUAAACUUUGUAUGGGGUGCAAAAACAUUUUCUAACGGUUAGGACAUGUAAAGAAAAGACCAUUUUAUUGUCAAAUAUGGUUGUAUGUGACCAAGUACAAAUGCAUAUGCUUUAACUCA